GAUGUGAAAGACGAGCAGCAUGUCACAACAACACAAUCUCGAAUGACCAAGGAGAAAUACCGCCCACUACCGUGAUUCAUAGAGAUGACAAAGCAACAAUCGCGUCCCUAUCCGUGGAAAGAUGCUAGAACACGCCGGUUGCGAUGACGCUUGCGGCUACCUUGCCGCAUUGCUUGGUGCGGUUUGCUACGGGUCGUAUGGGGUCCCCGUCAAGUCUGCCUCGUCCACGAAGGUCCACCCGCUCGUCGUGCAGACCUACAAGACCGCGGUAAUGUUCGUGGCCUCCCUGGUUCUUUGCCUCCGGGAAGAGCGGCCCUCGUGGACGCCGUACGGGCUGGCCUCGGGGCUCCUGUCGGUCUGCGGGGGGACGCUCGGGAUCCUCGCCAUCCGGAAUGCCGGGAUGGCCGUUUCGGUCGGGAUCUGGGCGGGCAUCACGGUGGUGAUGAACUUUGUGUGGGGGAUCCUAGUCUUCCGGGAACCGGUCCGUUCCCUGCCCGGGACCGUCGGGGCCUUUUUCUUCCUGGGGGUCGGUCUGAUCGGGAUGGCAAGGGCUUCGUCCCCGCCGGAUCCGGUCGCAACGGGUGUUGCCAGCGGUGGCGACGACGACUACAACUACGACGAGGACUUCGGCAGCGACUACGGUGAUGGAUUUCCAAAGGAGGACGAUCCCGCGGGGUUUGUCGGGUCCGUCGCGGCCACGGCGGCGACGAAGAAGAAAGGGGGACAGAGGGCAGCAGAACACGGCCUGACAUCGAGAACGAAGCGAGGAGGAGCCGUGGCGCCGGCGGCAACAGUCCCCUCCAAUGACGACGGCAUCGACGACGACGACGCGGCGACGGAAAAGAAUACCGGGCUCCCAAAGGCGCUCGGCCGGUGGUCUCCCACGGGGUUCUGGGCCGGGGCGACCUGCGCCGCGGCGAACGGCCUCUGCGCCGGCUCCGCCCUGGUCCCCCUGCACUACGCCCGCCGCGGGGGGGCCUCCGAUCUCUCGUGCUACCUCAGCCACGCGCUCGGGGCCCUCCUGGCGAACGCCCUGCUGUGGGGGGCCUGGGUGGCGGCCGCGGCGAUCGGGGUCCCCGGGGCCUCGCCGAUGCCGCGGUGCCACGCCGGGGACGCGGGGGCCCGUCUCGCCUGCGCCGGGGUCCUGGCCGGUGCCGGGAUGCUGGGGAGCCUCGUGGCGACCUCGAGCCUCGGGCAGGCCGUCGGGAACAGCCUGGUCCAGGCCAAGAUCCUCGUGGCCGGCCUGUGGGGGAUUUGCUACUACGGGGAGAUCCACGGCCGGCGGUCCAUCGUGGGCUGGUUCUUCUGCGCGGCCCUCUGCGUGGCGAGCAUUCUCCGCCUGGCGCACGAGAGGAAGCCUCCCGUACGACAGGAAGACAUUCUAGAGUAAGCUACAAGAAUAGAAUAGAAGCGAGCAG